CUCCUCCCAGCGACUUUUUGGGCUGUCUCUCUCGGACCUGGCGGCCAGUUCAUCUCCUUCGUAGGUUUGCUUGCUGCUGUCUUCAGCCGGCCCAGCAACGACACCACUUGCUUGUCCUCCAGACGAUUGGACUAGGCCCGGGCCGCGGUCUCCACUAGGCCCGAGCGGCCGGGCUGGGGGUUGUGUUGUGGAGAAGGCUUCCUUGAAGCACCGCGGGCCGGCUGGCGCCGCGCGACUCAGCGGGUGGUUCCAGGGGAAGGCAAGCAAGGUUCGCAGCGUUACAGUGACGAUCCCAGAAUUCGGCGCGCGCAGGCGUUAGGGCCGGAACUGCCCGGCGAGCCUCCGCUCCAUCAGUUGUGUUGCAUCCCAGCUGUGCUAACUCCCCAUUUGAGGACUGAGGGUUGUCGUUGAUGGUGUGGCUGAUUCACUCUGUAAAAAGUGUUGUUUGUGCCCAGCCAUUAUCCAGAGAGGACUCUGUGCUGCCGCCUCCCGCCCCUCUUGACAUUACGAUCCUGGCCCACCGCAGAAACCUCCAAGGCGGGGCGAAGAUGGCCUCAGUGCCAGUGUAUUGCCUCUGCCGGCUGCCUUAUGAUGUGACCCGCUUCAUGAUCGAGUGUGACAUGUGCCAGGACUGGUUUCAUGGCAGUUGUGUUGGUGUUGAAGAGGAGAAGGCUGCUGACAUUGACCUCUACCACUGCCCCAACUGCGAGGUUUUACAUGGGCCUUCCAUUAUGAAAAAACGCCGUGGAUCUUCAAAAGGGCAUGAUACACACAAGGGGAAACCAGUGAAGACUGGGAGCCCUACGUUCAUUCGAGAGCUCCGGAGUAGGACUUUUGACAGCUCAGAUGAAGUGAUUCUGAAGCCUACUGGAAGUCAGCUGACUGUGGAAUUUCUGGAAGAGAAUAGCUUCAGUGUACCUAUCCUGGUCUUGAAGAAGGAUGGGUUGGGAAUGACGCUGCCCUCACCAUCAUUCACUGUGAGGGAUGUGGAACACUAUGUUGGUUCUGACAAAGAGAUUGAUGUGAUUGAUGUGACCCGCCAGGCUGACUGCAAGAUGAAACUCGGUGAUUUUGUGAAAUAUUAUUACAGUGGGAAGAGGGAGAAAGUCCUCAAUGUCAUUAGUUUGGAAUUCUCAGAUACAAGGCUUUCUAAUCUUGUGGAAACACCGAAGAUUGUUCGAAAGCUGUCUUGGGUUGAGAACUUGUGGCCAGAGGAGUGUGUCUUUGAAAGACCUAAUGUGCAGAAGUAUUGCCUCAUGAGCGUGCGGGAUAGCUAUACAGACUUUCAUAUCGACUUUGGUGGCACCUCAGUCUGGUACCAUGUACUUAAGGGCGAGAAGAUCUUCUACCUGAUCCGCCCAACAAAUGCCAAUCUGACACUCUUUGAGUGCUGGAGCAGUUCUUCUAAUCAGAAUGAGAUGUUCUUUGGGGACCAGGUGGACAAGUGCUACAAAUGUUCUGUGAAGCAAGGACAGACACUUUUCAUUCCUACAGGAUGGAUCCAUGCUGUGCUGACCCCUGUGGACUGCCUUGCCUUUGGUGGCAACUUCUUACACAGCCUUAACAUUGAAAUGCAGCUCAAAGCCUAUGAGAUUGAGAAGCGGCUGAGCACAGCAGACCUCUUCAAGUUCCCCAACUUUGAGACCAUUUGUUGGUAUGUGGGAAAGCACAUCCUGGACAUCUUUCGAGGUUUGCGAGAGAACAGGAGACACCCUGCCUCCUACCUGGUCCAUGGUGGCAAAGCCCUCAACUUGGCUUUUAGGGCCUGGACAAGGAAAGAAGCUCUGCCAGACCAUGAGGAUGAGAUCCCGGAAACAGUGCGGACUGUACAGCUCAUUAAAGAUUUGGCCAGGGAGAUCCGUCUGGUGGAAGAUAUCUUCCAACAGAACGUUGGGAAGACGAGCAAUAUCUUUGGGCUACAGAGGAUCUUCCCAGCUGGCUCCAUUCCCUUAACCAGGCCAGCCCAUUCCACUUCAGUGUCCAUGUCCAGGCUGUCACUGCCCUCCAAAAGUGGUUCAAAGAAGAAAGCCCUGAAGCCCAAGGAACUCUUCAAGAAGGCAGAUCGAAAGGGCAAGGAGAGUUCAGCCCUGGGGCCUGCUGGCCAGUUGAGUUAUAAUCUCAUGGACACAUACAAUCAUCAGGCACUGAAGACAGGCUCUUCCCAGAAAGCAAAGUUCAACAUCACUGGUACCUGCUUGAAUGAUUCAGAUGAUGACUCACCAGACUUGGACUGUGAUGGAAACGAGAGCCCGCUGGCCCUAUUGAUGUCUAAUGGCAGUACCAAGAGGGUGAAGAGCUUAUCCAAGUCUCGUCGAGCCAAGUUUGCAAAGAAGGCAGACAGGACUAGGAUGGUAGCAGAACAGGUGAUGGAAGAUGAAUUUGACUUGGAUUCAGAUGAUGAGCUGCAGAUUGACGAAAGAUUGGGAAAGGAAAAGGCAACCCUGAUAAUAAGACCAAAAUUUCCUCGGAAAUUGCCCCGUGCGAAACCUUGCUCUGACCCCAACCGAGUUCGUGAACCAGGAGAAGUUGAGUUUGACAUUGAGGAGGACUAUACAACAGAUGAGGACAUGGUAGAAGGGGUUGAAGGCAAUCUUGGGAAUGGGAGUGGAGCUGGUGGAAUUCUUGAUCUACUCAAGGCCAGCAGGCAGGUGGGGGGACCUGAUUAUGCUGCCCUCACUGAAGCCCCAGCUUCUCCCAGUACUCAGGAGGCCAUCCAGGGCAUGCUGUGUAUGGCCAACCUGCAGUCCUCAUCAUCCUCACCAGCUACCUCCAGCCUGCAGGCCUGGUGGACCGGAGGGCAGGACCGAAGCAGUGGGAGCUCCAGCAGUGGGCUGGGCACAGUGUCUAAUAGUCCUGCUUCCCAGCGUACCCCAGGGAAGCGACCCAUCAAGCGGCCAGCAUACUGGAGACCUGAGAGCGAAGAGGAGGAGAACGCCAGUCUGGAUGAACAGGACAGCUUGGGAGCAUGCUUCAAGGAUGCAGAGUAUAUCUACCCUUCCCUGGAGUCUGAUGAUGAUGAUCCUGCUUUGAGAUCGCGACCCAAGAAAAAGAAGAAUUCAGAUGAUGCUCCAUGGAGUCCUAAAGCCCGUGUGACCCCAACUUUACCAAGGCAGGACCGUCCUGUGCGUGAGGGGACCCGGGUAGCUUCCAUUGAGACCGGCUUGGCUGCAGCAGCUGCAAAACUGGCCCAGCAGGAGCUGCAGAAGGCCCAAAAGAAAAAAUAUAUCAAGAAGAAGUCUUUGCUGAAGGAGGUGGAACAGCCUCGCCCUCAAAACUCCAAUUUCAGCAUGACAGUACCAGCCACAACUCUGGCCACUGCACCACAACUUCUCACUUCCUCCUCACCUCUGCCUCCUCCUGAGCCUAAACAAGAGGCCCUGUCAGGAAGUCUUGCUGACCAUGAGUAUACUGCUCGUCCUAAUGCCUUUGGCAUGGCCCAGACAAACCGCAGCACUACACCUAUGGCCCCCGGUGUCUUCUUGACACAGCGGCGCCCUUCACUUGGCUCCCAGAGCAAUCAGGCAGGACAAGGAAAGCGCCCCAAAAAGGGCCUGGCCACAGCAAAGCAGAGACUCGGCCGUAUCCUGAAAAUCCAUAGAAAUGGCAAACUACUUCUGUGAGCCUCUUGUAUCACAUCCCCUACCACUUCACCCCCAUUGCCUUCUCUGUUGUCAACUCUCGGGGUGCUCCUGGAUCCUAUCUGCCCCAGACAAGGUGCUGAGGCGCAUUGUCCUGCUUUCUUGGGACUGACCAAAGGCAUGGACUCCUCCAUGGACCCCUACUGUGACUCCCUAACUCACUCCCCCACUUUCACUAGAACAUCCUGCCUUCCUUCUUUAUACCUCUGAGCAGCAGGUAAAUGGGAGAGGUUUCUACCUGACUAGAACCCUCUGUUUUACUCCUGUCUAUCCUUUACUCCUGUCAAUCCUGUCUCCAAUGUCCCCAGAGCUAAAAGGCAGGAUGAGGAGAGCCUGAGCCCUUUUGAUAUUCCCAUGGCCAUGAAGUGGGAGGCCCAGGACUCAACACUUUCUGCAACUGCAGCCCUAUCUCCAGAAGCCUACCCACCUCUGCCUAUUUUUCCUUCCACUUCUUCCCCCCAGUCCAGUGGAUGUGCCCUACUUUCAGACUUGUACUUGGAAGAAAGCUAUGGUCCUUGCCCCCUCUUGCCAAAUACUUGAUGGAAAUAAGGCUGACUAAACUUAUCCUUUAGAAGAAAGGAGAUUCCUGUCACUUUUCAAGGUGGAGAGAAGACAGAUACCCAAGCCUUUGACCAUGAUUUUGUAGCCCAUUGGAGGAGGCUACUUUUGGUUAGCUGUACAUGAAGUCCCUUGUUCUAAUGUGAGCUCCAGGAUUUGUCUGGAUUUUGAGGUCCUGCAGCCCAUUACUGUGGCUGGGCUCCAGCAGGUGAAAAAUCAUCUCCUAGAAACCUGAAAGCACCUGCCACUGAAGCAGGUAACCCUGCCCCAACCCUGUGCCACAGAGGACAGCCUGGACCUUCUGGAGAGGGUGUAGCAGGACAGCCUACCCCUGAGUCCUCCAUUGGUAACCUCCAUGCUUCUUUCUCCACUGAGGUCUUGGUCUGAAAAAGACCUAAGGACUGAUAUCUUCACUCCUGGGCCUUUGUACCUCUAGACAAACAGGUGCAGACAGGCCACUCAUGAGCCCAAGCUGACAAGAAGAGAUGCCCAUCUGUGAAGGAGCAGAACAUCUGAUACUCCCUUCCCCUUUCUUUCCUCUGCGGAUUGUCUCCAUUGUCCAGAUAGUACCCCACCUUUCACCUACCUUGCUUCAUUGGCAAUCUGGACUUGAUGGAAAAUGGCCCUCCUUCAUUUGGCAUUGCCCAAGUGCAGUGUUUCUUUGCCCUCUACCACUUACUCCACCCUCACCCCAGCUUACACAGUGCUUUUGGAAAAUUCAGCAGCUACCAUGCAGGUCACAGGGAAUUUGUGGGGCUUCCAUUUUUGUCUUUGUAUUUGCAGUUUGUCUUUCUUUUCUCCAUAGGCCUGCCUCUACUCCUUCCUUGGAAUCAGGGUUUCUUUUAGCCCAUUUGCUUUUUUUACCUUGGGGACCCCAGGGGCCAAGCAGUUCUCCAUCUAGUUACACCAAAGGCAAAAGGCCUGGCUACCUCCCCUCUAGCAUGUGAGUUCCCUAUUCCUCUUCCCUCUGUUUCUACCUAGCUUUGCUUAUUUGGGGGAUUUCAAGGCAGCAUAAGGUAGAAGAGGGCAGUUGAAACCUCUGUCCCUGUGCAGGCAACUGCCUGACUGCUGUAACCAAGACUGGGUCCCCAGCUCUUUUGCCCAUUAACAGUCCCUCUUUAUCUUUCAAAGGCAGCUAAUUGCUAGCAAGUCCCCCUGAUUCCAGGCCUCUUUCUCCUCCAUUUCAUAGAAGUUAAUGUGGAACUGAACCAUCACCCAUUUGACUGGCUUUUGUUUUGUUUAGUUGGGGUCUCUGAACCUCUUGUUUAUUGUUGUGUUGUUUCCAAUGAAAAGCAAGUUUACCCUCAGAGUUACGCUUUUCCAAAGAGGCUAAUGUUUUUGUUUUCUUUAUUUUUCAGGUUUAAGUGAAGUUAAUUUGGGGAGGGGUUGUGAGUGGUAGUAACCAAGGUGUAGAACAUGGUGAGAUAGUUAUGUCUGAUCUCCAAUCCCCAGCAGGGAGCUGGGGGCUCAGAUAGGGGGCAGGGAGAGAGAAUUUCUAUUCACCUUUAAUAUAUUUUUACAAAAAGCAAACAAUUUAAAAAUAAGCCCACCGCUUCUGUACAUGUCUAAAUAUAUUUUUAGAAGUGGGUAGGAUUGUGAAUUUCUGAUGCAGAGCCUUUUUAUAAAUAGGAUAAAGUAGCAUCAUCCAGAUUUCUGUGUUGGUUUUUUUUCCCCUGCUUUUUUCUUAUGUUGUGUUACUAAUGUAAUUUAUAUAUAUUUUUUAGAUCCUCCCUUUCCUAUAGAGAUAAAAGUGAUUUAUCUUGGCAA